UAGGGAACUGUGGAGAACGCUGGAAAGCGUUGAUUUUUUGGCAUUGAUGACUAGUCAAUAAUUUGUGUAAUAUGGAUUCGAUUUUCCAUGAAAAGCAAGAGGGAUCAUUGUGUGCCCAGCACUGUCUGAAUGCACUACUCCAAGAGCCUUACUUCACGGCUGUCGACCUGGCCACCCUGGCUCAGCAGAUGGAUGAGGCCGAGCACAGCCGAAUGUCUGAGGCAGGCGUUGACAGUGAAGAGUACCGCCACUUUGUCCAGGCAGGCUCCCAGAAUAUGGACGACAGCGGCUACUUCUCUGUGCAAGUGAUCGCUGCAGCACUGCGUGUCUUUGAGCUGGAGCUGGUGCCGUUUGGCAGCUCAGAUCCGCGGGCCACGAGCGCUCGACAAAAUAUCGCGGGUCAAUCGGCGUUCAUUUGUAACUACCGGGAGCACUGGUUCACGGUUCGGCGACUGGGCCGCCAGUGGUUCAACCUGAACUCGCUGCUGACGGGGCCUGAGCUGCUGUCCGACACCUACCUCUCCGAGUUCCUCGCCCAGCUGCGACAGGAAGGCUACUCGAUAUUCCUGGUGCUGGGCGCGCUGCCGCGCUGUGCGGCCGACCAGCGGCUGCAGACCGAGACGGUCACGCAGACGGUGAAGCCGCGGCUCAUCUCCGAGCAGCGCACCAUCGACUCUCUGGCCGGCGACGAUCCGCAGCUACGCGCCGCCAUCGCCGCCAGCCUGGACGGCGACACCGGCGGCCAGCCGACGGACGAGGAGCAGCAACUGCAGGCCGCCCUGGCCGCCAGCCUGGCCGAGUCGGCGGCGCCGGCGGCCGAGGAGCAGGAGCAGGACGAGCAGCUGCGCGCCGCCAUCCAGCUCAGCCUCCAGCCCGAGGCUGAUCCUGCUCCAGCCGACGGAGAACAGGUGCGCGCCAGGAGACAGGCGUUCCUGGACCGACUCCAGCGCCCUGACGGCGGUCAGUCCACCACGUAACGCUCGUGACACCCCUCCGGCCCGGCGUGACGCUGCCGCGCGCGUCCGGGCCGCCCACUGUGAUUCAACUCGUGACUCUGGUGUGGUAUUUCCGCUUGACUUCAUCGGAAAGUGUGGGCGGAGUGAUAUUUUUGUGCUCGUUAUCAGUAGCGAGUAGCGCACUUGCUACUACUAAAUGACAGUCAUAUUGUGGGUACUCACACAAGAUAGUGUGAUACGUUGGAUACGCAUUACCGUGCAUGUCGCCUCAGAUAAGGUUGCUAUAGUUCGUUUUUUUUUUAAAAGGACGCUGGCUCCAAGUAUGUUUUUCGAACAAGCACGUGUUUUAGCCGCCAAAACGAGCAAAAACUGAACCUGAGAAAAUCGAACGUCGACUAAUUUUAACAUGUGAUUUCUUCCCGAUAACUUCCAUAUGUGCGUUUUGGAACCAGAUAUGGGAACAGUGCUGACGUCAUGCUGUCGAACACGUAUUGCAAUGUAACGUAUAACUAUCAUGGACGGAACCGCUUACUCGAUUAUGCUCGGCAACAGUGAAAAACUAAGUUUCACCCAAAUUCGUUGACACUUGUCCCAUUGCACGGACAUUUGGGUGCCUGCUGCCACCAGUGACGUCAUUAUAGAAUGUUCAUUUUUAAGAAACAAUUUCCAGCUACUUACCGUGCACAAUUUGAAAUCGAUCAUUUUUUCGGUAAGAAAUUCUUGGCCAGACACUGAAGCUGCCAAAACUCACGUGAGAGCUUCGAUAUUGCACUUUGAGCCAGCGUCCUUUUGAAAAAAAACGAACUAUAGCAGAAACACAGACCUUUAUUUUCACUUGCUUAUUUCACUUUAUUUGUUUUGAAACCAAGAAGGACCGAAUUAGCGCGUUUAUGUUUGUAACUUAUGCAUCGCGUUUUUGCUAUAACACUGCGUGAUAAAUCAACACCAGCGUGUUUUAGUUGCGUUUUUACAGCUGAAGCUGUAAACUGACCACAAUAAGUAAUUUUAGGUGAGCCGGUCGUUUGGGCUCUGUCGGACAGAGCUUGGUCUGACUCGCGGUCUUUUUCUUGUGCCGUUCUACAUGCUGUAAGGAGAGUCUGAUCCCCGUCACUACAUGUUUUCACGAUCACCUCGUAGAGAAAGUAUACGAUGUCAUGUUUGCUGCUAUUUAAUCAGGUGACACACUACACUACCGUCUGAAGACAAAGCAAGACUGAUGUCCAAGUAUUCAUUUAAAUUGGUAGCGAAAUGCCUUUCGGCUGUAUUUUGUUUUCAUGCUACCAGCUGGUGCCUUUGAAUCAGUUGAAACCCUGUUACCAAGGAUAGACUGUGGGAUUCUCAGUCCAACUCUUGAAACCGAGGUCCAGCAAUGUGGCGAUGUGCCUGCGGGUAAAUACAACCUCCUGGCCCUGA